AGAGAGAGUUCAAGCCUGGAUUUGAAUAAAUUCAUAAGUGAUGAGCUACAGCCAAAUGAAGAUUUUCAUCGUCUGUUUAAUGAUGCUAUUGAUUCCUUGUACCGAGAACUUCAGGGAGACUUGCAAAAUACGAACUAUGGAAUUCAUAACCUGAUCAAGGUUAGUGAUGAAGCAGCCCUCCUCCUCGCCUGCCUUAAAUUAUUGUUGUAGAUGUCUUUAAUUUUCAACAAUAUCCCAAGAAGAUCCUGCAUGUAUUUUUAAAGGGCGUGGCACACGAAAACCAGACGGUAGUUGAAAUGUUUGCUUUCGCCAGUUAUUUGAAAAGGCUAUAAAACUUCUAGGAAAAGGUAAAAUUUGAAAUACAGGCCGAGGUAAAUGACUGCUACAACCCCGGUCAUGUUGGAAAACUUCCGAAAAGUACAAGGUAACCUAAGUCGUUCCACGAGUAAAACCCCGCGACUUAUCCUGUGUACAGAUGUCCCCCCCGCCCACUCCCUCAGAAAAAAUCGGGGGAAGAGACUCUCUUCUCCAGAUUUUUUCUGAGGGAGGGGGACGUCUGUACACAGGCUACCUGCGACUAAGAACCUGGAUUUUUCCUGGAUAGCCUAAACAGGUUCUUAUAUAAAUGGUAGCUGGCGUACGUUUAGGCUAUUUAGGUUCUUAAAUAGGUUCUUGUUUUCUGAAGAAAAAAAAUGCGAUAUAGCUAAGAGUAUUUAGUGGUUUAGCUUAUUCUUUAUACAAAAUCUGCAUACCAAAUUAGAAGUUGAGUAAAAAUAAACAUAAAAAGAAGAACUCUAUUUAUUUGUAAUUGUAUCGAUAACAGUUUUAUUUGAUUUAAACAAUGGCAUUUACAUUACAGUUGGAGUGAUAAGGCACCUAUGUUUCCAAAGAGGAUUCUGAAUGUUUACUUUUCUUAUUCGCCUAAGUGUACAGAAUUUUUUCAUAGAUUUUAGAAUAUAAGAACCUGUUUUAUAUUUUAGGCUAAAUAGGUUCUUAUAUAGAGGAGGGCUAGGUUCUUAGUCGCGGGGUUUUACUGUACACGUAUUGCUUUCCUCUCCUUCCCCCAACAUUGGCUUCACGGCUUGGGAAUAAUCGUCUUCAAAAUCAACAUCGAAGGGGAAGGGGAUAAGAAAUUCGAAAGCCCCGUUUCAACAAUUAUGUCCGCGAAUGUAGCUUUAGCACCAAAUCGCUGAUUUCCCUAAAAGCUACGAUUAGCGUAUCCGAUACUUUUGCCUUCGAGUUCCCUCCGCUGACACCCCCGGGUGACCCAUAGGGGCCUGUUCUAAAACUAAAGUCAAGGUUCUCGUGAGCAUGACACGAAAGUGAUAAAAAAUGCUAUGAUUAUAUAGAUUCUACACGCCUGCCUUGUCUUUUUAGGGUGGAUCUAUUGCUAAAGGCACUGCAUUAAAAAACGACGCCGACCUGGAUUGCGUGGUCAUGAAGGGUAUUACAAACGCUUCCCAGCUUAGCAGCAAACUACCCGACAUCUUGCGUGACCUUGAGUCACGCUUGAGGAACUGGAAAGGGGACCCAUGGCAAUUGACUAUCACCAAGAGGACGCACUUCUCCAUACAGUUUAACAUGUCACGUUAUUCUACAGAAUCUGUUAAGGUUGAUCUCUUGCCAACAUUUGAAGCAAACGUAGUGGACAUCAAUGGUACGUACGUAACGUUCACUCGUAGUCGCGUUCAUGCGUUCACGCGUAGUCGCGUUACCCGUAGUUGACAUACGUUAUUACAUGAAAUUUUGGCGACACAUUAAUUUAGCGAUUUUUCGUAAAUUUUGGAACAUAAGUCACUUCACGAUUUCACGAACUAAAACUAUGGCGCAUUACAUAACUUUUACGACGACAAUAGAACAUUUAUGUGAUUAUUGUCAUAAACGGCAUAAAACAUUCUGAAACUUAAUUUUGAACGAAAUAAACGAACUGUUCUCAGUCAUUGCGGGAGACAAGAGGAGACCGCAAUCCUAAUGUCCAGUUUGUUAAUACGCAUGCGUCGCACUUCCACUGUAAGAAUGAAUGGAAUGCACAUAACGCAAUUUGAUCACGCGAAUUUGGACCUUCUAUCACUCGUAAUCUGAUCACGCGUUUUUUGACCACUUGUCACGUGAAACUUGCGCAAAGCGCAGCGUUGGAGCAAAAGCGUUUUGACCUACGAUCGUUGUCGCGCGCAUUCCGUAACCUUUGGUUAUUAGUAACAUUUAAGGUAUAUGGUCACACAAACUCAAUGAUAGACGUCAUUAUCGACCGUCAAGUAGCAUGUGUGUGAAACUAACCAGAUGGCAGAAUUUCAUAUUGUACUCACUUUAAUUUAGCGACGAUUUAAAUUUAGUGACACUUGCAGUAAUUUUGGUGCAUUUUAAUUUAGCGAUUUUCAGUAAGGUAGUUUAGUUGGUGCACGGCUUUCCAAGUGGGAGGCCCAAAGCGAUUCCCAGUUAUAACUCUGCUUUUAGAACAAAACUUAACCUAGCUCAUCGCACACGUAUUUGCAACUGCUUUUUACCAUAUGUGAUAGUUCACAUAGUUUUCCGUUUAUACAAAAUGUGUAAAAUACUGAAUGUACAUUGUCACUGAUGAUUGCUUCGAUGUAUCGAUCAGCUAAAGAGAGAAUAAUCUAGAUUACAGUCGACUCUCUCUUAACGGACACCUCUGUAAAACGGACUCUUAGAGUUGGUCCCUGCCUUUCUUUACUCCUUUUAUUUGACUCUUUAUAAGACGGACACCUCUCUAACACGGACACUUAUCGACACUUUGUGCCGGUCCCAAAGGUUGUCCGUUUUUUUUUUAGUUUUCAUUUUUUCAAGUCAAUUAGCAUGUGUUUCCAGUGAGGCAAAUUAUUUUUUGCCACUCGUAAUCUUGUGUUGAUUUAUUUUAUCAUUAUUUCAUCUUUGUCACUAAUACUCCCCUUGUUUCAUCCUGACUUUCUUUCUUUCCCAUAAAUUUCAAGUAACUGAAUAAAUUUUUGAGCUUGAAUAUGUGUCUCUGGCCGAACUGUGUUCAUUUCAUUUCUUUUUGUACAGUAUAUUUCACUAUGUCCAUUUUUUAAGACUGGUCUUAACUAUGGGGCAGCAUCUUGAAUUUCUUAUAAUUUUGUUUGCCAUCUGAGCUGACAUCUUUCAUUAGUUUGCCAACUUGCUCAAAGCUCUUUUAGACAAAGACCUCAUUUUCGAUCCAAGUGAAAUUCAUAAGAUGCAGGAUGUCUCUUAGUCAGCUUCUCUAGGACUCACGAGCGGCUUGCACACCGACUCAAACCCUUACCAGGGCUUCUCCUCCCCAUUCUCCGCACGACUUCACAGUUCCUCUGCCAAAACUUUGCUCACGCUAAUGACAAUCCCGCCCACUACGCAGGCUAUGGGACAGCUAUCAAAAUCCCCCUGAGUAAACAAUAGUCCCUCCAUCCCCACCUCGGGACAACAGUGAUUUUUUCAGUUGUUGUUCAACUGCCUAUCAGUGAAGCUACAGGACCUACAGGCAUGUACAAUUUUGAGGAAAAAAUCAUCAGCGUUUAUUAAAAAUACUUUCAUGGCGCUGAAUCUCAGCAGAUAUUCAUUAUCAUGUAUUAUUCUUUGUCUUAGAACGAGAAAUGUUUUACAGAAAAAUGCUCGAUGACAUAAAGAACUGGCCAUACUACUCCGCAGCCCUUGUGAUGGUUCAAAAAGAUUUCGUUAAGAAACGGCCUGCACUCGUAAAAGACCUGAUUCGCUUGGUAAAGUAUUGGCGCAAGACGUACAUUCCACAGAGUGGUAGUAAGCAUGUCCCCCCCUCCUAUCUGUUGGAACUUCUCACAAUACACGUUUGGGAAAAUGUAAAUCCUUUGAAUCCUGCAGAGAGCUUUGACAUGAAGAUUGGUUUUAAAGCUGUUUUGGAGGUUCUAAAGAAUCACCAAAGUCUUCGUGUUUCUUGGGAAGAUUACUACAGAAGGGAUUUGAUUCCAAACAGGUACAUUCAUGGAGAGUUUAAAAUUGUUUUACUACAGUAGGAAUAAGAGAGCCGCUUUUUACAUUCUCGAUGACACAGGCGUCUCGGACGUCGACAUACCGGCAUAAAAUUUCGAGAAACGUCCCUUUACCGUCCCCUUACUCUGACGCAUUGGGUCUUAUUCUCCAUAAUCCUUUUUUUUAAAAAUAUAGCAAUCGCACAAAUUUUCUUUCGCAAUAGAAUUUUAUUUAUGGCAUAUUUUCUUUUUUGGCAUUUCAGUCUCCUGUAUGGGCCACAUAUAAUUGAUCCUGCAAACCCAACCAACAACCUGUACGCCCGUGUUGACUGCUGGGAUGAGGUGAAAAAGGUUGCAGAAGAAACCAUGCGGAAACCCCUUCUCAGAGAUGUGCGGGUUACUUUUAACUGGAGAUGA